ACGUUUUCAGUUCUUUCCAUAUAAAAAGUUGGAAGCCAUAAUAUUACGUCACUGUGACUCAUGACAACAGUGAAUGUAAACAAACAUAGUUAUGAGUCUUUCUAAAAUUUGUUAGCUAUUAGUGCUAUUAUGCUGUAAAAAUUACUUUAAAUAAAUUUUAGAAAUCAGUUUAAGCAUGUGCUUUAUUUCCUAAUUUUGAAGCCAAAAGCUUACACAGCAGUUUUCUUGAUGAUAUUUUAUUUUAAGCCAUGUAUGAGAGCUGUCUCUAUUUUUAAUAUCUUAUAAAAUUUCAUCAUAAACUAUGUGCACGGGCUGGUUUUUUUCGAGAUGGAGACUAUGGAUUCGUCCAGUUGUGAUGUUAUCUUAUGCUCUGAUUAUUUUGGUUUUGUUACCUUUCUUUUGUGUCAAACUACAAAAAAAUGGAACAUCACCCCAAGUUCAAGCAUGGUUUACAAGUGGAGUGUUUGUUAUGAUGGCCCUACCCAUUACUUUCUGGGAAAUAACACAGCAUUUGGUUCACUAUAAUAAGCCUUAUUUGCAAAGAUAUAUCAUAAGAAUAUUAUGGAUGGUUCCAAUAUAUGCCCUGAAUGCAUGGUUAGCAUUGGCUUUUCCAAAAACUGGUAUUUAUUUGGAUGUUCUACGUGAAUGUUAUGAAGCUUAUGUAAUUUAUAACUUUAUGAUAUUUUUGCUGAAUUUUCUGUAUUAUGAAAUGGACAUGACAUUAAUAUUAGAGACUCGACCACCAGUUAAAUAUAUAUUUCCUCUCUGCUGUUUUCCACCAUGUCCUGCUGGAAAGUAUUUCAUUCAAGCUUGUAAACAUGGAAUUCUUCAAUAUACUGUAAUCCGUCCCAUUACUACAUUGAUAUCAUUAAUAACUGAAAUGUGUGAUGUCUAUGGAGAGGGAAAGUUUGAUCCAAAGUAUGCUUAUCCAUAUAUUGUGGCAAUUAAUAAUAUAUCACAAUUUGUAGCAAUGUACUCUCUAGUUCUAUUUUAUCAAGCCAAUAAAAAUGAGUUAGCACCAAUGAAACCCAUUGCCAAAUUUCUUUGCAUCAAAGCUGUGGUGUUUUUUUCAUUUUUCCAAUCUGUAAUUAUUGCUAUUUUAACUUAUGUGGGUGUGAUAACCGAAUCCUUCACCACUCCUGGUGCAGAUGUCGCAGAAGUGGGUAGAAGUUUGCAGAACUUUCUGAUUUGUAUUGAAAUGUUCAUGGCAUCUGUAGCUCAUUACUAUGCAUUCUCUCAUAAACCCUAUGUUGACAUGGCAGCUCAGCAAGUGCCUUGUUGUUUAUCAUUCAUGAGUAUGUGGGAUGUUUCUGAUGUUACACAGGAUGUUUCUGAUCAUCUACGUCAUGUUGGUAAAACAGUGAAAAUGUCUGUCUCUGGAAGACAUUUAGCGAUGAACGAAGAGGAGAAGCAACUGCUGGUUCCAAACCAUGAAAUGGAAAACCCAUCUGCAAGUUCAACUAAUUAUAAUACAUUAGGUGUGAAUCCUCCUUCAAGACCAAAAGCAAAGAAUUCAUACUAUGAAGAGGCUGAAGAUCUUAGCCAUGAAGUAGAAACAUAAUGUAUAAUUCAUUUUUGUACAUAUUUUAUAAUUAGUUUAUUAAAUAUUUAUUUCUAAAAUAAA